CUGUCACAUAGUUACACUGUCACAUAGUUACACUGUCACAUAGUUACACUGUCACAUAGUUACCCUGUCACAUUUCUAGACCAGAAAAUGCCGACGGAGAUCAAAGUUGUUAUUCCUCUGACCUAUGACGAUGACGUCGAUGAUAAUUUCAAUGAAAAUGAUAACGUCAUCAAAAGCGUCAAAGAAGAAAAUGUCAGGAAAUAUCCGGAAUCGUCUGCAUCAGCCGUCAAUGUCAAAGACGUGUCUUACGUCACGGCUACUGAUGUGAGUAAUAUGAAGGAGACUUCUCACAGUCGGACUCACAGAUUCCGUACAAGACAAUCUUCCACUAAAAGGAAUGCGUCAACAGAACACAACACGUCAGCGGAUACUAAAGUCUUGCUUACGUCACAGCAUCGUAUCCCACUGGACCUGGACCAGGACGACAAAGUCUUACUGGACAUGGGUCAAGGACGAGGCAGCGCCCAAAAUCCAACAAGGCCUAAGGUCUGGGAAAUGUAACAUGUUCAAAAGUUGAUGUCGUAUUUAUUAUUCAAUUUGACACAGAAAUAGCUUAGACAACAUGAAUGUAACAUUAUUUGGUGACGAUGUCUUCAUUCCUUGUGGUUAACUUGGAGAAAUAUGAAGGGAGGUGUAUGAAUGGAUAUGGCUGAAGGGAGAUGUCGGAAGGGAGAUGUCUCAAGGGAGAUGUAUGAAAGUAGAUGUUUGAAAGGAGAUGUAUGUAGAAAGAUGUAUGUAGAAAGAUGUAUGUAGAGAAAUGUAUGUAGACAGAUGUAUGUAGAGAGAUGUAUGUAGAGAAAUAUAUGUAGAGAGAUGUAUGUAGAGAGAUGUAUGUAGAGAGAUGUAUGUAGAAAGAUGUAUGUAGAGAAAUGUAUGUAGAGAAAUGUAUGUAGAGAGAUGUAUGUAGAGAAAUGUAUGUAGAGAGAUGUAUGUAGAGAGAUGUAUGUAGAGAGAAGUAUGUAGAGAGAUGUCUGAAGGAAGAUGUCUGAAGGGAGAUGUAUGAAGAGAGAUAUAUGUAGAGAGAUAUAUGUAGAGAGAUGCAUGUAGAGAGAUGUGUGUAGAGAGAUGCGUGUAGAGAGAUGUAUGAGGAGAGAUGCAUGUAGAGAGAUGUAUGUAGAAAGAUGUAUGUAGAGAGAUGUAUGUAGAGAGAUGUAUGUAGAGAGAUGUAUGUAGAGAGAUGUAUGUAGGUAGAUGUAUGAAGAGAGAUGUAUGUAGAGAGAUGUAUGUAGAGAGAAGUAUGUAGAGAGAUGUCUGAAGGGAGAUGUCUGAAGGGAGAUGUCUGAAGGGAGAUGUCUGAAGGGAGAUUUAUGAAGAGAGAUGUAUGAAGAGAGAUGUAUUUAGAGAGAUAUAUGUAGAGAGAUGUAUGAGGAAAGAUGUAUGUAGAGAGAUGUGUGUAGAGAGAUGUAUGUAGAGAGAUGUGUGUAGAGAGAUAUAUGUAGAGAGAUGCAUGUAGAGAGAUGUAUGUAGAGAGAUGCAUGUAGAGAGAUGUAUGUAGAGAGAUGUAUGUAGAGAGAUGUCUGUAGAGAGAUGUGUGUAGAGAGAUGUGUGUAGAGAGAUGUAUGUAGAGAGAUGCAUGUAGAGAGAUAUAUGUAGAGAGAUGUAUGUAGAGAGAUGCAUGUAGAGAGAUGUAUGAGGAGAGAUGUAUUUAGAGAGAUGUAUGCAGAUAGAUGUGUGUAGAGAGAUGUAUGUAGAGAGAUGAAUGUAGAGGGAUGUAUUUAGAGAGAUGUGUGAAGAGAGAUGUAUGUAGAGAGAUGUAUGUAGAGAGAUGUAUUUAGAGAGAUGUGUGUAGAGAGAUGUGUGUAGAGAGAUGUAUUUAGAGAGAUGUAUGUAGAGAGAUGUAUGAAGAGAGAUGUGUGUAGAGAGAUGUAUGUAGAGAGAUGUAUUUAGAGAGAUGUAUGUAGAGAUGUAUGUAGAUAGAUAUAUGAGGAGAGAUGAAUGUAGAGAGAUGUGUGUAGAGAGAUGUAUGUAGAGAGAUGUAUGUAGGGAGAUGUGUGUGGAAAGAUGUGUGUAGAGAGAUGCAUGUAGAGAGAUGUAUGAGGAGAGAUGCAUGUAGAGAGAUGUGUGUAGAGAGAUGUUUGUAGAGAGACAUAUGAGGAGAGAUGCAUGUAGAGAGAUGCAUGUAGAGAGAUGUGUGUAGAGAGUUGUAUGUAGAGAGAUGUAUGUAGAGAGAUGUAUGUAGAGAGAUGUAUGUAGAGAGAUGUAUGUAGAGAUGUAUGUAGAUAGAUAUAUGAGGAGAGAUGAAUGUAGAGAGAUGUGUGUAGAGAGAUGUAUGUAGAGAGAUGUAUGUAGGGAGAUGUGUGUGGAAAGAUGUGUGUAGAGAGAUGCAUGUAGAGAGAUGUAUUUAGAGAGAUGUGUGUAGAGAGAUGUGUGUAGAGAGAUGUAUUUAGAGAGAUGUAUGUAGAGAGAUGUAUGAAGAGAGAUGUGUGUAGAGAGAUGUAUGUAGAGAGAUGUAUUUAGAGAGAUGUAUGUAGAGAUGUAUGUAGAUAGAUAUAUGAGGAGAGAUGAAUGUAGAGAGAUGUGUGUAGAGAGAUGUAUGUAGAGAGAUGUAUGUAGGGAGAUGUGUGUGGAAAGAUGUGUGUAGAGAGAUGCAUGUAGAGAGAUGUAUGAGGAGAGAUGCAUGUAGAGAGAUGUGUGUAGAGAGAUGUUUGUAGAGAGACAUAUGAGGAGAGAUGCAUGUAGAGAGAUGCAUGUAGAGAGAUGUGUGUAGAGAGAUGUAUGUAGAGAGAUGUAUGUAGAGAGAUGUAUGUAGAGAGAUGUAUGUAGAGAGAUGUUUGUAGAGAGAUGUGUGUAGAGAGAUGUAUUUAGAGAGAUGUGUGUAGAGAGAUGUAUGUAGAGAGAUGUAUGUAGAGAGAUGUGUGUAGAGAGAUGUGUGUAGAGAGAUGUGUGCAGAGAGAUGUAUUUAGAGAGCUGUGUGUAGAGAGAUGUGUGUAGAGAGAUGUAUGUAGAGAGAUGUAUGUAGAGAGAUGUGUGUAGAGAGAUGUAUGUAGAGAGAUGUAUGUAGAGAGAUGUGUGUAGAGAGAUGUGUGUAGAGAGAUGUAUGUAGAGAGAUGUAUGUAGAGAGAUGUAUUUAGAGAGAUGUUUGUAGAGAGAUGUGUGUAGUGAGAUGUAUUUAGAGAGAUGUAUGUAGAGAGACGUAUGUAGAGAGUUGUAUGUAGAGAGAUGUAUUUAGAGAGAUGUAUGUAGAGAUGUAUGUAGAGAGAUAUAUGAUGAGAGAUGAAUAUAGAGAGAUGUGUGUAGAGAGAUUAUGUAUAGAGAUGUAUGUAGAGAGAUGUAUGUAGAGAGAUGUAUGUAGAGAGAUGUAUGUAGAGAGAUGUGUGUAGAAAGAUGUGUGUAGAGAGAUGUAUGUAGAGAGAUGUCUGAAGGGAGAUGUCUGAAGGGAGAUGUCUGAAGGGAGAUGUCUGAAGGGAGAUGUAUGUAGAGAGAUGUAUGUAGAGAAAUGUAUGUAGAGAGAAGUAUGUAGAGAGAUGUCUGAAGGAAGAUGUCUGAAGGUAGAUGUAUGUAGAGAGAUGUAUGUAGAUAGAUAUAUGUAGAGAGAUGUAUGUAGAGAGAUGUAUGUAGAGAGAUGUAUGUAGAGAGAUGUGUGUAGAGCGAUGUGUGUAGAGCGAUGUGUGUAGAGCGAUGUGUGUAGAGAGAUGUGUGUAGAGAGAUGUGUGUAGAGAGAUGUGUGUAGAGAGAUGUGUGUAGAGAGAUGUGUGUAGGGAGGCGUAUAAAGGGAAAUAAAUGUAAGGAGACGUUUGAAGGGAGAUAGUAUGAAGGGAGAUGUAUGAAAGAAGAUUUAUAUAGGGAAACAGAUUAAGGGACAUACAUGUAGGUAUAUGUAUGAAAGGAAAUGUAUACAGUGAAAUGUUUGAAAGGAGAUUAUGUUGGAAAAUGUGUGAAAUUUCAAAUAACUAGUGUCAUAUUGACAUUUCAAAUAACUAGUGUCAUAUUGACAUUUCAAAUAACUAGUGUCAUAUUGAAAUUUCAAAUAACUAGUGUCAUAUUGAAAUUUCAAAUAACUAGUGUCAUAUUGACAUUUCAAAUAACUAGUGUCAUAUUGACAUUUCAAAUAACUAGUGUCAUAUUGACAUUUCAAAUAACUAGUGUCAUAUUGACAUUUCAAAUAACUAGUGUCAUAUUGACAUUUCAAAUAACUAGUGUCAUAUUGACAUUUCAAAUAACUAGUGUCAUAUUGAAAUUUCAAAUAACUAGUGUCAUAUUGACAUUUCAAAUAACUAGUGUCAUAUUGAAAUUUCAAAUAACUAGUGUCAUAUUGACAUUUCAAAUAACUAGUGUCAUAUUGAAAGUUCAAAUGGGCUCUUUCCGGUUUAUUAUUUUCUUUCCAGACCUGUCAUGGCCAGCGAGAGGGUCAGCGAACAGGUCAAUGCGUCCAUCUGUCCAUCUCGGGGACAUAUGGUAAGAAUACUUUCAUUAUACUUAUUUAACAUUUCAGUAUUAAUAAUUAGUUGGGUAACUCUGACCAAAUCUGUCGUUUGAGUGUUUUUUUUUAUUCUAACCUUUAUAUAAUUAAAUGUAUCAAUCAGGCUGAGGCUAAGAUUGUCGACUGAGACUAGGGUUUCAAGACUGACCCUAGUAUUGCAAGGUUGAGACUAGUGUUGCCAGUUUUUAGACUCUGGUUGCCUAAAAUUCACCCCAACCCAUCACCUUGUGGUCAUACUGAGAAGGAAGACCAAUCACCUUGUGGUUACACUGAGGUGGUCGACCAAUCACCUUGUGGUCAUACUGAGGUGGUAGACCCAUCACCUUGUGGUCACACUGAGGUGGUAGACCCAUAACCUUGUGGUCACACUGAGGUGGUAGACCCAUCACCUUGUGGUCACACUGAGGUGGUAGACCCAUCACCUUGUGGUCACACUGAGGUGGUAGACCCAUCACAUUGUGGUCACACUGAAUGGUAGACCCAUCACAUUGUGGUCACACUGAGGUGGUAGACCAAUCACCUUGUGGUCACACUGAAGUGUUAGACCCAUCACCUUGUGGUCACACUGAGGUGGUAGACCCAUCACCUUGUGGUCACCCCUCUAUCAGUGCAUAAUGGCCUAUAACAGCAUUGUGGGCGCAUCCCAAGAGUUUGAUAGUAAGGGGAGAUAAAUGCUUAAACAUGAGUCCAGGGGUCACGUUCCUUGGUUCUACUUUCCCCUUCUUAACAUCAUCUUCUAAACGAGCUGGCCACAUCGGUCCAUGGGAAAUGCUAGAUGGCCACAUCGGUCCAUGGGAAAUGCUAGCUGGCCACAUCGGUCCAUGGGAAAUGCUAGAUGGCCACAUCGGUCCAUGGGAAAUGCUAGAUGGCCACAUCGGUCCAUGUGAAAUGCUAGAUGGCCACAUCGGUCCAUGUGAAAUGCUAGAUGGCCACAUCGGUCCAUGUGAAAUGCUAGAUGGCCACAUCGGUCCAUGUGAAAUGCUAGAUGGCCACAUCGGUCCAUGUGAAAUGCUAGAUGGCCACAUCGGUCCAUGUGAAAUGCUAGAUGGCCACAUCGGUCCAUGUGAAAUGCUAGAUGGCCACAUCGGUCCAUGUGAAAUGCUAGAUGGCCACAUCGGUCCAUGUGAAAUGCUAGAUGGCCACAUCGGUCCAUGUGAAAUGCUAGAUGGCCACAUCGGUCCAUGUGAAAUGCUAGAUGGCCACAUCGGUCCAUGUGAAAUGCUAGAUGGCCACAUCGGUCCAUGUGAAAUGCUAGAUGGCCACAUCGGUCCAUGUGAAAUGCUAGAUGGCCACAUCGGUCCAUGUGAAAUGCUAGAUGGCCACAUCGGUCCAUGUGAAAUGCUAGAUGGCCACAUCGGUCCAUGUGAAAUGCUAGAUGGCCACAUCGGUCCAUGUGAAAUGCUAGAUGGCCACAUCGGUCCAUGUGAAAUGCUAGAUGGCCACAUCGGUCCAUGUGAAAUGCUAGAUGGCCACAUCGGUCCAUGUGAAAUGCUAGAUGGCCACAUCGGUCCAUGUGAAAUGCUAGAUGGCCACAUCGGUCCAUGUGAAAUGCUAGAUGGCCACAUCGGUCCAUGUGAAAUGCUAGAUGGCCACAUCGGUCCAUGUGAAAUGCUAGAUGGCCACAUCGGUCCAUGUGAAAUGCUAGAUGGCCACAUCGGUCCAUGUGAAAUGCUAGAUGGCCACAUCGGUCCAUGUGAAAUGCUAGAUGGCCACAUCGGUCCAUGUGAAAUGCUAGAUGGCCACAUCGGUCCAUGUGAAAUGCUAGAUGGCCACAUCGGUCCAUGUGAAAUGCUAGAUGGCCACAUCGGUCCAUGUGAAAUGCUAGAUGGCCACAUCGGUCCAUGUGAAAUGCUAGAUGGCCACAUCGGUCCAUGUGAAAUGCUAGAUGGCCACAUCGGUCCAUGUGAAAUGCUAGAUGGCCACAUCGGUCCAUGUGAAAUGCUAGAUGGCCACAUCGGUCCAUGUGAAAUGCUAGAUGGCCACAUCGGUCCAUGUGAAAUGCUAGAUGGCCACAUCGGUCCAUGUGAAAUGCUAGAUGGCCACAUCGGUCCAUGUGAAAUGCUAGAUGGCCACAUCGGUCCAUGUGAAAUGCUAGAUGGCCACAUCGGUCCAUGUGAAAUGCUAGAUGGCCACAUCGGUCCAUGUGAAAUGCUAGAUGGCCACAUCGGUCCAUGUGAAAUGCUAGGGAAAUGGACGGGAUGAUUACAUCAGACCUGAUAACUGUUCCACGAGAGUGGGGAUAGAUUCAGUACGAGAAAUUACUACAACAGAAGGUCUUACAGUUUUACAUUGACAUGUCUGGACAAAACUGUCUGCGACGUGGGCACAUCUAGCUUAAACGUUUACCAAAUGUACUUUAAUGACACGUCGGGUGCAGUUCUUGGUGCUAGAGAAUCUUUCAUAAUGAUUUGUGUUGACACUAUCGAGAGACCUAAAUGGCACAGCGGUUCAUCAAUGAGAUGACGUCAAACUUUAUGGUACUUACUAGCUGGGACAACGCAACAUGGUGCAACAUACGAAAAGAUGUGCAUAAUUUAUGAUAAUUUCCAGGUGGCGCUGCAACUAUCCAACAAUGAUUAUAUGUUUUGAGGGGGGGAGGGGGGUUGUGGUAAUGAGGAUGUUGUCGAUGGCUUGUAUGUUGUCAGUGAGUGUAGCGAUGGUCGUAGCAGUUAGCAUAGUUAUGAGUGUAGCAAAAAGGGUAGUAAAGAGUGUAACAAUGAGUGUAGCAAAGAGCGUAGCUAUGAGUGUUGCAAGGAGUGUAGCAUUGAGUGUAGCGAAGAGCGUAGCAAUGCGUGUAGCAAUAUCAUAGCAAUGAAUGUAGCAAUGAGUGUAUGUAGCAAUGAGUGUAUGAAGCAAUGAGUGUACAAAAUCAAUAAACGCAGGAAAUCAAUGACCACAUACCCGUGAAUACCCGUGAAUACCCCUGCCUGUUCAAAAACCUUCCCAUGAGGGUAGGAAAUCAAUACCGUACUUCAACACCAGUCAGAGCUCAGAGCAACUUCCAAUCCCAUGUCAGUAUGUCAACUCCAGUCAAAGGUCAUAGCAACCUAAAACCCUAUGUCAGAAUGUCAACUCCAGUCAGAGGUCAUAGCAACCUCCAACCCUAAGUCAGUAGGCGUAAAAAUAUAGAGCAGCCACAAGUCGCUAGUCCAGCAUUUAAGUUAUAGACUAAUGUUAAUUUGAAACAAAAUAUGUUGAAGCCUAAUGUCAAGGAUUGUUUGUAGUUCAACCACUGGCGAAUUGUUAUUAAACAGAACUACGACGAUUUCAUUUUUACUUUUGUACAUAGAUAACAUAUUUUUUUAUAAUUAUUAUUUUAUUUCUUUAUUUUCUAAACGGAAAAUGAAUGCAGGCAGAUUUUUAUUUCUGAAAUCAUUUUGUUAUAAAUUCUUUAGUUUGUUUAAAUGUUUGCUUGCUACGUUUUAGAUCAGGUGUAGGACACAUGACACACUGAGUGGUAGGACACAUAACACACUGAGUGGUAGGACACAUAACACACUGAGUGGUAGGACACGUGACACACUGAGUGGUAGGACACGUGACACACUGAGUGGUAGGACACAUGACACACUGAGUGGUAGGACACAUGACACACUGAGUGGUAGGGCACAUGACACACUGAGUGGUAGGACAAAUGACACAGUGAGUGGUAGGACACGUGACACACUGAGUGGUAGGACACAUGACACACUGAGUGGUUGGACACGUGACACACUGAGUGGUAGGAAACGGGACACACUGAGUGGUUGGACACGUGACACACUGAGUGGUAGGACACGUGACACAUUGAAUCGUAAGACACGUGACACAUUGAAUCGUAAGACACGUGACACACUGAAUCGUAAAACACGUGACAUAUUGAGUCGUAGCUCACGUGACAAACAACGCCUCUCAAUUGAAGUUUUUUGUGAAAUGCCACACCCCCCCACCCCGUGUGUUGAUCCUGGUUAUGGAUCUCUCCCCCCCUCCCAACGUUACUACCACCCUUGCCAUUGAGUUUCUUCCCCCAUGUACCACCGCCUCUGCCAUUGAGCCCCCCACCCCCUCAGUUACCACCGCCCCUGCCUCUACAGAGCCAGAGAGACAGGCCAGGCGAUAGCGGCUUUGUUGGGCCGUUUCGGGUCGAUAUCCCUAUCUCGCCGCGGAGUACAUGGCACGACUUUUUCAACAUGGCGACCUCUGUGUUGUUUUCCUCAGCGUCCCUACAAUCAUAGGAUCUUUUCGGUCAACACAGCCAGUCUUACCCGCGUGUUAGUAUCGAGUCAUUCAUCGAUUACUCUCUACAAAAUUCGGACAUGUAACUUAGUUCGUUGACUUACGCUCAGUGAUAAUCAUAAUAACUGUUCAUCUUAAAAUUUAUCCAUGAAAUGCUCAAAGACUUGUUUCUUGGCCAAAUCAACCUCAGACACGGCAGCCACCGAUAAAAAGUUGGUCAACGUGUUCGAGAUCCAGGCAUCGCUGAGAAGGUAAGUGGUUUUGAAUCCCUGUUCUUGUGUUGAAGCUUUCCGUGACACCUGUGUGAACAUGUUUCAUUCCAGACAUUGAUGUGGAGCACCGUGACAUCAUGGUCAAGGCACUCAGGGCCUACAGCAGGCAUCGGUUCAAUGACAGUGGGGGCUCGUACACGAAUAAUAACAGAGAUCCCGCUCGCGAACAGAACUGCGAUAGUCAGGUCGGCAAAAGGACCGAGGGGGUCAAAGGUCAGUUAGACCAAGACGUUACCCAAAUCCCAGGUGCCCCUGGUGCAGACGCCAAUGGCUCCAACCGAGAUUUCAGAUUAUCCCAGUGCCGGCUAAAGUUCCAUGACGAUAUUGAUUUCAUGACGUCCAUGCCAAGGGGUAGAGGACCCUCUCUGUCGGUUAAACGGAAACCUUUGAUGACGUCAUCGCCAGCUGUCGUCACGGCCGUGCCCACCUUGUACGCUCUCGAGGAGUCGGAUGGGAUCAUAGCUGACGCCGUGGGCCAUGUUUACCAACACAAGAGGGUACGCCCAUGGACGGCACUGCCAGGGAAAUACGUGGAGUAUGUCCGGGUGAACACAUCGGACACGCCUGAAAACUUAAACAUCAGGUAGAUUGGUUAUUGGGUAAUCAUUACGGAUUCUUACCGAUGUACGAUGUCAUCGCUUGGCCAUACACAGUAUCCAUGUUAACUAUGGAACGGUGUAACAAUGUAUCAAUAUUUUACACUUCGCUAUUAUGGAACGAUAUAUUAUUAACAUAUAGCUUUGUGACGAUCAAGUCCACCCUUUUAUAACCGUACACCCCGAACAUCCCAACUCCCCCCCCCCAACAUCCCAACACUACUACCACCCCCAACACCCUCAACCUCCUCUACCACCCAUCACCCCAACACCCCCGAUCCCAACACACCUCAGCCCCUUCAACAACCCAAUCACAUCAAAACCCUCAACACCACAACACCAUCCCCCUAGUACUCAACACCACAACACCAUCCCCCUAGUACUCAACACCACAACACCAUCCCCCUAGUACUCAACACCACAACACCAUCCCCCUAGUACUCAACACCACAACACCAUCCCCCUAGUACUCAACACCACAACACCAUCCCCCUAGUACUCAACACCACAACACCAUCCCCCUAGUACUCAACACCACAACACCAUCCCCCUAGUACUCAACACCACAACACCAUCCCCCUAGUACUCAACACCACAACACCAUCCCCCUAGUACUCAACACCACAACACCAUCCCCCUAGUACUCAACACCACAACACCAUCCCCCUAGUACUCAACACCACAACACCAUCCCCCUAGUACUCAACACCACAACACCAUCCCCCUAGUACUCAACACCACAACACCAUCCCCCCAGUACUCAACAACUCAACAUCCCACAAUCCCUUAAACCCCCAACUCCUUCAAUCCCAGCCCCCCGCCCCUCACUUCUUUUGUUCCACGUUUCCCUCCCCUUAUGUACCUACUGAGUGAUCAAAAAAAUACAAACACAUGUAUGCCCUAAUCCCAGUAACUUUGAGGAACAAGCAAAAUUGAAAUCUCUCUCAAAGACAACAAGAAUUAUUUACUGCUUGCGACAUCUAGAAUGCUCAUUUAACUAGACACAAGAACUCAUGUCAUUAAUUUAAAUUAUACCCACACAAAAAACCCCGAUUACUUCGGUAGACAACAGCAACUCAAGAACAGACAACUCUAGCGUUUAAACGGCACCAGGUGCACAUAUUCACCCCCCCCCCUUUUUUCACCCCCACAAUCGCUCACAGUACUCACACGCCUCGUGUGCCUUGUAAAGUAUCGAUCGGCCGUUCACUGACUGCUGUUCUUAUCUAUCCACAGAGCCAGCGACACAGGCCGCACCAGCAGUUCGUCUCACGCUGUCGUCCCGCCCACCCGCCGACGCAGCACAUCCAGUACCGCCCCUGGUCGCCAUCCCAGCACCGCCCCUAGCCACCACCCCAGCACCGUCCCUAGCCAUCCCCCAAGCACCGCCCCUAGCCCCCAGCCCAGAAACGCCCCUAGCCCCCAACACCGUGUGGGGACGCGAAGUAUGAGUGACAACGUCCCCCACUCCAUGGCUUUCCAACGCAGAAACAGAACCACUCACAUCUGGACUGACGGCAGCCAGCUGAUGAGCACGAGCCUACCCACCGGAAGUUUCCUGCAUCAGCACGUCAAUAGCUCGUUACUGUCGUCCCCAAGGUCUUCACGGAGCACCGCUUCGGAAAAGACGUCGCCCGCGGGAAAACCUUCUCGCCCCAGUUCGUCUUACUCCUACGAUGGCGGAUUUUUUCUCGGGGCACAUUCCGGACACGCCGAGUAUUUUGUCAUUCACCCGGAUUGGGUGUCCGAGGCUGUCAGUAUCAAGAAGUUGUCGAUAGGCUCCAAGCCCAGCACGCCCCCGGUAUCCAAGAGUGCGAGCUUCAGAGGGGGCAACUGGUGUGGGCGCAGGUGCUUGAGUGCCCCACCUGCUAAGCGCAGGAACCCUAUCACGUGGGACGUGAGUGACCCUAUUGAUAUCCCAGCUAAACCAUGAGACGUUGUACAGACACUUCGAUCACGUGACGCGUUCUAGUGAGUCGUGACGUCAUCCCAGUUACCGGUCUUUAAGGUGUGAAUUAUAAUCUAUUGGUAAUCGUUUAGUUGUUUUCACGCAGUUUUUUUUUUUUUUAGGAGGAAUCGAUUCUGACCAGAUAUUCGUAAAUUAUUGUGUUAUUUCUUCUGUUCUGGAUGCUAAAAUAUUUUCAUAACCAGAUAACGAUACAGCGAGCCACUUGAAAUAAAUCAAUGGAACGAUUAUCCACAGUAAAAUAUGGUAUAUUUCUCAGAAUGCGUAAAAACAAAUCAAACUGACUGACAGCAAGGCAAGCACAAUGAAGGAUGCAAUUGUCAAACUCAUUAACAUGAACUACCAGCUAGACUUAGAUUUGAAUCAGAUAACCUUCUACCACACACAGAAAUAUCAGGUUUUUAUUGUUACCAAACGGGAUAAGGAGAAUUUCAGACCUGGAUUAUUAUAACAUUUUAUUAUCUUUCAAAUUGCAUCAUAGGAUGUUCACCAUUUUAUCCCAGGGCUUCCCAGGGCCAGAGAGCAGUUUUAGAUCCUUUUGACAACUCUGGGACACAUUUUCCCUUUGGGAUAACAAAACAUUCAUACAGGCUGACAUCAAAAUAUUGUGGGGAAAAUGAAAGAUGUUUUGUUUUAUAUUUAAAUUGAUGCAAGGUUUAUUGCGUUGUCUUGGUUAAUAUUUUGUUUUUAUUUUCGCUUCGAUUCGACUUCAACUCAUUUGAUCAGAGCACUUACUAGUGGCGUAGUGGCGAAUUCUGAACCUUUUCAAUCUUGAUAUUUCUUUGAUGCAUUCUCCCCUAUUCUAUGAAGUCUGUGUCAGCUAUUCACUUAACAUCUAACAGCUGUAAGAUUACUUGGCACAAAGAUUGCUGCAAGAUUACUUGGCACAAAGAUUGCUGCAAGAUUAAUUGGCACAAAGAUUGCUGUAAGUUUACUUGGCACAAAGAUCGCUGUAAGAUUACUUGGCAUAAAGAUUGCUGUUAGUUGAAAGUCCAUGUUGUUCAUUAAGUUUUGUAACUCGUUCAAGCUACAAGCUCAGAACACGGACGCCUGCCUUCGUUAAUUGAAGUGCUGAUGCUCAUCUAGGUAAUGUUCUCAAAGACCAGGACAUCUGCUACUGCUGCUAAACAGCCCUUAUUGUUUCCCCGCAUGCAUCGCUUGCUUGUCAGGACUUAUUGUAUAAAUGUACAUAUUUUUCCUGGGUGUCCUUGUAUGUUAGGCUUAAUACUUUGAGCAUUUAUGUUGAAUGUGGGCGCACAAUUGAUCCAUUGUCUUAUCGUGGCUUUGGUCAAAUUUACAACUUAAUUAUCAGCACGGUGAAACUUAAUCUUGGUCUAGCUUGCGUAAGAUUUAGGAAAAUUGAAUUUGGUCUUAAAAAUAUUCUUUCAAUAGAUCGAUGGGCUUUGAUUGGUUGACAAACUGGGAUUGUUGACAGCUGUGACAGGCAGCUGUGACUGACUAUAGUUAUUGGCACUUAAGAAUGACACCUUUAUUGACAGCUGAAAAUGACACACUUAAUGACACCUGACACUGACACACUUAUUGACACCUGAGAAUGACGCUAUUCAUAGCUGAGAAUGACACAUUAUUGACAGAUGAUACUGAUAAUAAUAAUAAUAAUAAUAAUAAUAAUAAAGAUUAUUUAAGAAAUCACGCUUCAUCCCCAAAGGCUCGAAGCGCGGUAUUAAACCUGAGACUGACACACUAAUCUUAUUGACACCUUAGACUGACACACUUAUUGACACCUGAGACUGACACACUUAUUGACACCUGAGACUGACACACUUAUUGACACCUGAGACUGACACAUUAAUCUUAUUGACACCUGAGACCGACACACUUAUUGACACCUGAGACUAACACACUAAUCUUAUUGACACCUGAGACUGACACAU